UGCCGAUGAAAAAGUUACAGCCGAAGUGCUCCAGUCUUUGCAUACAAUGAUUGGUUUGACCGGUCAACUGGGAGCCAGUGUUGCGCUCGAUGCGUUUGUCACAACCAUGUGCAAGGCUUCAUUGCCCAGUUCAUAUGCUCGUUCGUUAUUCUCGGCCCCUUCGAAAGGUCCAUCCGCCAACACUACGGCUGCCUCCCCAGUCCUUGAAGAGGUGUUUGAACGGAGUCCCGUUGUGAUUGUGGUCACUCAGGGUGCCGGACACAGUAUCACAAUCACUCCGACCACUGUUUCCAGUACAGGCACUACAAACCACCCGGUGUCUGGUUCCACGUCAUCUGCAAAUGUUGCCUCACACGGUGCGUCCACCGGAACGUCCUCCGGUCACGAUUUAACUCACAACUAUCCAACUGGAUCAUUGCUAAUCACCGCUAAGCACUUGCAGUCCGCCAAAGCGGUCUUGCUUGCUGCACAAGCCCACGGGAAUGUGCUCAGUCACUCGUGGAAUGUGGUGUUGACCACGCUUCAGAAUCUAGUUUGGAUGCUGGGCCUAAAAGUCGAGCCGGCCGCGGAACUCUAUUUCAAACCGAUACCGAACGCGUCAGGUUCCGGGCAAAACUCUGACGGCACGGUCCCCGGAUCCGGCGGUGCAACAGGCUUGAGUGUAAUCGCUUCGGCAGUGUCUGGAGUCAAUGCAAACCAACCGCGUACCUCACUUUUAUCCUCCUCGUCUACGGUCUCUUCAGAUUUGGCCACAUUGUCUAAUAUGCUAUCCUUGCUGUUCACCCAGUCUAGGUGA